AUGAAGGAUGUAUGUGGAUUCAGAAGGGGAUUUAAACCCCCAACUAUGUAUGAGUUGCAAACAUGGAUUCUAAAAGAAGAGAAAAAUGCUAUUUUAUUCAUUGUCCAUGAAGCGAAACUUUCAUGGAUUGAGACCGGUUGUAGUAUUAUGUCUGACGGUUGGACUUACACAAAUGGGCGUACAUUAAUAAAUUUUUUAGUUAAUAACCCAAAAGGUACUUACUUUUUAAAGUCCAUUGAUGCAUCGGAUCAAGUAAAAGAUGCAAAGUUGCUUUUUAAAUUACUUGAUGAAGUCGUUGAGGAAGUUGGAGAAAAGAAUAUUAUCCAAGUGAUAACAGACAAUGUCUCGGCUUAUAAAACAGCGGGGCGAAUGUUGAUGGAGAAAAAGAAAAAUUUGUAUUGGACGCCUUGUGCUGCACACUGCAUUGAAUUAAUGUUGGAGGACAUUUUCAAGUUACCUUUUCAUACUUCUGUGUUCACCAAGGCAAAAAAAAUAAUAAAUUUUAUAUACGGUUAUGCAUGGGUGUUAGCAAUGGUAAGAAAAUUUACCGGUGGAGAUUUAGUGAAACCUGCUGUUACUCGAUUUGUUACUGCAUUUCUUACUUUUCAAAGCUUGUUUGGAGCAAGGGAUGAACUUGAAUCUUUUUUUACUUCAAGAAAGUGGAAAACCAGUUCUUAUGCAUCUCGAUCAUUGGGGAAAAAUGUGCGCAACAUAGUUCUAAAAAGCAAGUCGUUUUGGCCUGGUGUUGUUUAUAUGCUCAACGCAACAAAGCCCUUAGUUAUAGUUCUUUGA